AUGGCGGCGAACGUGGCGGCCGACGACGGCCCGUACCGCACCGUGAAAGCGACGAACCGGAAGAGCGGCAAGGUCACGAGCUUUCGCGUGCGCCGGGAUGCGACGAUGGACGAGAUCUCGCGCAUGUACGCCAAGCACAUGGGGCUCGGACCGGCCGAGAAGGUCGGCGCGCCCUUCUCGGCCGGCGCGCCCGUCGAGCCCGCGGCGGCGGCCGCCGAGCCCGCGAUCGCCGCGCCGGCCGAGCCCGAGGUCGCCUCGUCCGCGCGGGCGCCGCCCGCGACGCGCGACUUUAGCGCGGUCAAGGACGCGCUGUCGACGCCGCCGCGCCGGCAGACGCCGCCGCGGCGGGAGCCGUCGGCGACGCCGCCGCGGCACGACCCGGAGACGCUGCGGGCGUCGUCGACGCGGCACCUCAUCAACGCGACGCCGGUCUCGACCGCGUCGGCCGCGGGCGCCGCGUCGCCCGCGUUCGGGGACGUCGUCGAGCCGACCGUCGAGGUCCACUGCGACGGCGGCGCGGGCGAGGUCACGCUCUACAAGCGGGGCUUCCGCCAGGGCGUCUCCCUCGACCACGCGUACCGGCCCGCGGGCGAGGACGCUAAGCCUUAG